UUGGACACAAGAUCCAUCGAUUAAAGAGGCGGAUUCUAAUUCGCAAUGUAGUUAAUUAGUCGGCAAUUUUGAUCGCCGGAGCUGAAAAUUAGCUGCACUCAACCAGAGGUUGUCUGAAAAUUAUUUUGGAGAUGAGCUCCUUGUGGAUAUCGCUGAAGCAAGACAUGCACUGUUGCAAUAGUUUGACGGAUGUGGCUUGUUAUCCGGCCAAGGACUCCGCGAUUCAAAGUUAUGGCUGUGUUGCAGAAAGGAAGCUCAACCACAAGGUAGCCGUCGAAGAGGAAGAUCCGCUCAUAAAACCUCAAUUUAGGGCGUAUAACAUUAGAAACCGGUUUCAAGAGCUUGACAUCGGUGAUCCGACGAGAAACAUCGUGGAGAUGAUAUUCGGAGCGAGCUCCUCCAACGUGAGAAAGAGGUCGAGAAGGGUCCGGAGAGUCCUCAAGGUGAACAACUCGGCCGAAGCUUUACACAAGUUCGAGGAGUACCGAGAGGAUGUGAAGAAAGCGUCAUUCUACGGCAACUCAUGGCAUCCGAGGAGUGCUGUGGACGGGAACGAGAUGCGGCAAUUCUACACCACGACAAUGAACUGUUGUGGCCGGAAGAUGGCCCCCCAGGGGUCUCAGCUCUGUGUCGAUCCCACCUGCCGGGUGUGUCGAGUCAUACAGUCCGGAUUCGACACUUCCUACAACAGGAUGUUCGGCAUUCGGCUCAGCAUGUACAGUGAUGUAGCAAGUGAGGAAGUCGCCGGAAAUGGCAACCGGAAGGGGAAGAAUGUAAAGGGGGCGGUGAUUAUUUGCCGGACGAUCGCCGGAAAACUUGCCGGCGUGGAUGGGAAAGGGUUAAUUGCAGGGGCUCGGUCGUUAGUGCUGUGUGAUCCAACGGCUGUGCUGCCCUGCUUUGUUGUCGUAUUCGAUUGAUCAUCAAUAUGAAAGUAUUAUAUAUAUAGCCUUAAAAUUGUAAUUAAUUGGUCCCCGCUUCCAGAUAUUUAAA